AUGCCAGAACUAAAAUUUAUCAACGAAGAAUCUGUUGAAUUUGACAAUUACUUACUGAGCACCGAAUAAUUAUAAAGCAAAAAUCAAAGGCCAAGUCGCUUUGAGAGCUCUUGCCUAAAUUAUUUCAACGACGAUGAGCUGAUUGGUAACCAAAAUUAAUAAGAUUAAAUCGAGAUGAGGCCAGGUCCAAGCAAUGAGGGAAUUGAAUCAGUCAGUCGUGAAGCGAUCGAAAAUGCUUAUUUUGAAUAAAAUUUCAUUAAGCAUUUCUCAGAACUUUAAAAUUUGGAAGAUAAUAAUAAAUAUAGUGAUACUAGCCAAAGUGAUGAGUUAACAAAGGAUUUUUCAAUUAACUACCAUGCUAAAUCUGAUUUAUCCUCGAUUUAGUGCCAAUCUUCCAUUAUUUCAAAGAAAGGUUAUUAAAUUCUAGAAUAGGAGAAUUCUAAUAGUGAAAAGCCUUAGACUGAUUUUUAUUUCUAUACCCAAAUAAUAAGUCUAAAUUCUAUGAUAAUUAUAUGA